GGUGGUCCAGACAGUCAGUCCUUGUGUAGCCUACCUCACACGCUCAGCCUCUGCGCAUCACUGAAAGGGAGUCCGGUCGGCGUCUACAGCCAGCCCCGCUGCCUGCCUGAUUAUUAAUAACACAUCCGCUCCAGCGCUCCUUCAGCACCUUCUACCCCCCUUGUUUAUUCCUUUAAUCAUAUUUAUUUCCCUUUGUGAGGAUCCGAGGCUGAACUUGAACGCCUUUCUCCGGCGUCAGAUGGAACACAGGAGGCGCGUUUCUUCUAUCCUAACUGGGAAGCAGCGCACAUGAGGGGAGGACUAAACACAGCCAGCCGUGAUUCAUGGACGCACCGCAACGCGCAUCAUGAAAAUACUACCAACAACACCAAGGGAGGACGUGGCAUAGACGGCAGCUCCUGCUAGAUGAAAUGCUUCAGCCAUGCAAUGUUCCUGGAAGUCAGUGAUUCUGCUGGCCUUGGCCUCCAUCGCAAUCCAGUACACAGCCAUUCGGACUCUCACCUCCAAGCCUUUCCAGCUGUGCCCGCUGCCCAGCCCCCAGAACUGUGGUCUGGGGGCUCAGGAGACAGAUCCUGCCUUUGAGCGGGGAGCAGCAGGUGGGGUAGGCUGUGAUGACUACCCUUACUUUUCCAUCAACUCCACUCGUAAACUUCACAUUUUGGUCCUAGCCACCACACGCAGCGGCUCCUCCUUUGUUGGUCAGCUGCUGAACCAGCACCAGGAGAUAUUCUACCUGUUUGAGCCUCUUUAUCACGUUUACGCCACGUUAGUUCCACGCCAGUCACACACCCGCAAUCCCACGGACCGGCGGGUGACAUUAGGUGCCAGUCGAGACCUUUUGCGCAGCCUCUAUGGUUGUGAUCUCUAUUUCCUGGAGAAUUAUAUAAAACCGACACCGGCAAACCACACCACUGACAAACUGUUUCGCCGCGGUGCCAGCCGAGCAUUGUGCCAGCAGCCCGUAUGUGAUGCCUUUGGUCCCGGUGAUCUUAAUGUGGAGGAAGGGGACUGUGUGAAGAAAUGUUCAACCUUAAACAUGACUUUAGCGACAGAGGCGUGCCAGGAGAAGAAGCACGUAGCCAUCAAAGUCGUUCGAGUGCCAGAGAUCGGAGAUCUGCGUGCUCUGGUGGACGACCCCCGGCUGAACAUCAGAGUCAUUCAGCUGGUCAGAGACCCACGUGGAAUCCUGUCAUCGAGGAUCGAGACAUUCAGGGACCCGUACCGUUUAUGGCGCAUUUGGAGGGCCACAGGGAGAAGGCCCUAUAAUCUAGACAUGAAUCAGCUUACAGUAAUCUGUGAAGACUUUCUUGGAUCUGUUUCAACAGGUCUUAGCCAUCCCCUAUGGCUGAAAGGGAAAUACAUGUUGGUUCGAUACGAGGAUUUGGCUAGGAAUCCACUUCUUAAGACACAAGAAAUCUAUGACUUUCUGGGUUUGCCUAUGGAUAAAAAUGUGAAACACUGGAUACGUGCAAACACUCGGGGAAGCAAUGAACCUUCAGCAAAACACAAGUUUGGGACAGUCCGGGACUCGGCUGCUAAUGCAGAGAGUUGGCGUUUAAAACUGUCUUUCGACAUUGUAGAAUACACACAAACAGUGUGUCAAAAAGUACUAAAGCAGCUGGGAUACAAAGCGGUGAGAUCAGUGGAAGAGCUGAGAAACAUGUCCUUCUCUCUAGUUCAAGAUAAAAUGUUUGUACCUUUUUUGUAACAAAGAUAGUUCUCUAAUAACUAUUUUUGAUAUAUUUAUAAUUGUUGCCUUAUGAGUUACAUACUUAGUUUUUUUUUUCUCUGAUUUUGUUUCAUGAAAUUUGCACUAAACUUUAAAACAUGUCAAAUGCACCACCCGAAGUAUGGAUGAGUCCCUAUAGACAGAAUAAAACAUUUCAAAUGUCAUUAUUAAAAAAAUAUUCCUUGCAAAAGUUAAAUUAACAAUUUUCUCAUGAUUAUAAUCAAAUGGAGGCACCGUCUUCAUUAUUUCCUUGAAUGAAAUAUGUUAUUUCAGCAAAAAUAAUCAAAAUAAUAAUUACGGAGGCACCCCAUGAAGCAGCCAUGUUUUUAUUUAUUUAUUUUUGGUUUUGUUUUUUGUUAGACAUGUUCUGGCAAAUUUUAACUGUACAAGCUCUAUUGUGCAAUAAAUAGUGAAUGUCGCAGUCAACCUUUACCACUGUGGCAUUUUUAUCUAUGUGGGAAGAGGAGAGAUACUUCUGACAGAUGCCAUGCUUGCAAAGGAUAAUUGCAGACAAUUAAUGGGCUCUCAAGUGAAAGGGACAAAAUCCCAUUGGAGGUCACGAGCAUUUCAUCAGAGGAUUUACCACCAUCUGUGACAGACUAACACACACUAAUGAGAGGUAAUGUUUAAAUGUAUUUAUUUUUUCUAAAUAUGUAUGUGUUUCUAAGGGGAUUACACCAUCUAUAAAUGAAUGUAAAUGCUAUAGGUUCGCAUGAAAAGGGAAGCAGACGCUCAGCCUUUUUUUUUUUCAUAAAAAUGCUGUAAUUGGUUGAUUUAAAUUCAAUCCUCGUAUGUGUGUGCUAGAGUGUGUGUGAGUGUGUAAAUCAUUACAUGAUAUUUCUUGCCUGGGAUUACAUUAUUUAUAGCACUGUUAUCCAUUCGUCAGCUGGAGUAGUUUGCUAAAAAAUAAAGGUUGUUCUUGUUUUCCUGUCACUGUUAAAGCAGGGAGUGGGUGAGAACUGGCGCAGCAGAGCAAAUGGAUUCUAUGCAUUCUUUUUUCACCAAAAAGCGCAGUUACUGUGACAGCGUUGCAUCUAUGUUUAUCUCACAGAUAAAAGAUUCCUAACAGAGAAUCUUAUGUCUUUGUAGAACAGGUUGCACUGCAGGUUAUUGUUUUGUUUUCCCAGAGUAAGUGUAUGAUAGUACAACACCGCCACAUUUCCCAAAGUCUGUUAUAUCUACAUUAGAUCAUAUACAGAGAGCUUUACACCAAUGGUUGCCUGUAAUCUGGGACAAAUCCUUUGAUCAUUAGUGCAGCGAAGGCCCUGUUUCAGCCAAGCAACGUUAAUAGUGGAAGCUCAAGGCUGAACCACAGAACACCACAGUUGCAUGAACGAAAGUGUCAGUCUUCCUUCCAGCUACUUAAGAUAAUACUCAACAUUCUGGACAGUUGUCAAACCUUGCACACACAAAAAUGAAGUAUUAAAUACAAAUGUAUGUUCAAAUUGCAUUCCCAACUCAAGCAUAAUGUAGGGUGAAAUGAAUUGGCUGUGUUGGUUCAUGUAAAUUUCACCAUAUUAUGAGCCGUUUUGAUCUUCAUGGAGUUGUUAUUGCUGCUAAAAUAAAUAUGGAUUCUUUAAUAGUACCCCCAGAUGGUGCAGGGCUGUGUUUAGUUUCAGUUGGUUUGCAUUUGACGUUAUGUUCACUUGUUUCAAGAGAGGCUAGUGUGGAAAACUGUUUUCUAAAUCCGUGUUACUCUAGAUCCUGAGUGUGUGCUCAAAAAUGCAGAGACACACAUUUUAAGAGACAUUUCGGUAAAUGCACUUUAUAUUUUAUGAACACAAUUGGGAAAUGCACUCUUGCACAAAAAAACUAGCAGAUUAUUUGACAUAGUGUGAGGAAAAAUCAUCAAUCUUGCCAUAUUUUAUGCUCUAAUGAUAAAAAAUGAAACAUCCAUGUAAAGUGAGAUUUCAGCUUUAGAGUGUCUACAUAUUUCAGCUCUCCUCUUGCUUUUACCAACUCAGAUUCUGCACAAGUCGUCAGCCACCAUGCACAUUUAUUAACACACAAUGGCCACUUGUUUCCCCAUAAGAUAUAAACCCUGUGAAAGGAGCAUCACACGCUCGGGCUCAUCAGUAUUGGUGACCGGAUGUCCAUUGAGAUGCAGAGCACAAACCUUUGAUCCUCCUCUGUUCCGAGACUGGAGGCAAACUCACCCUCUUUCUUUCUCCCUGUGCUUUCUCUGUCAUCCACCUCUUCCCUUCCCUUUCUUUUUUCUUUCCUUUUUUUUUUUUACAGAGAUCUCAGGGGAUUGUUCCUGUGCUCCAGUGUUCACUUUGUGGUUAUUUUUUUUCACUUUGCCUUGGAUUUUUGUACAGAUUUGAUUUAGUAUCAAAAACCUGGAGAGGUUGCAAAGCUGCACAAUUCUGUACUAACAUGAUUUUCUUUGAGCAAAUAAAAGAACAUACUGACAUUAUUGGAAAUAUUAUUUGUGUUAGACAAAAAUACGAUGACAAUAAUACAGCUCUCAUCUUUUUUUUUUUUUUUUUUUUUUUUUUUUACAUCGUGAGCUGCUUAGCAAAGCAUUAAGCCCAACUUUUUUGGAUAGUAAAGUCUGCUUUUAUAUCUUUUAAAACCACACUAAGAUAUUGCAUGUUCUGCAACUAGAAAUCAGAUUAAAAAAAAGAUGGAAAAAGGAUUUUAAUUUCACAGAGAAGGCUUUGCUUUUGCACACUUCUUUGCUGCAUUUGUUUCCAACUUCUUGUGCCAUUGAUACUGUCCAAAAACGAGUCGUACAAACCUUUUAAUCCAACGCUAUUUGCCAGAAAGCAAAAACAUGCAAACCAAAAGGAAAUCAGAACUCCCUUCUUACAAAAUGACAAUAAAAACAUACAAUUAUCAUAACUGAGCUGUGGUGACAGCCUGUCAGGUGUGAACCCGUUCCUGGUGCCAGUAAGUAACCCUAACCCUACUAACGGAUCUUAAUGGAUUUGGCAGUUUGGUGUAGCCAUAAUUUUGAUGUCAUUUGCAUGUGCUUAACUAAUUACUGUAAAGUAAAAUGAACUGACAUUAUUAGUCAAAUAAACGUGGGCAUGUGCAAUACCUGAACACUUUACUUAAAGGGAUAGUUCUUAUAUUUUUAAGUGAGUUUCUGUUGUGAACAUUUAAACCUGCUGCACAGUUCAACAGCCUCAGUCAUGUGAUUACUACUGUUGUCAUUCUAGCAGAACAGAAUAAUGUAAAAAUACUCCUUACAAGUUCUAUGGCAGGGUAGAAAGGAUAUAAAGUAGUCUUUGCAGACAUUGCUGAAAUUUUCCUAUUAGAUUCAUGUAGAUUUGGUGCUAACUUCCAGAUUUUUUUUUUAUUCAUAUAGGGGUAUGAUUAAUUAUGAAUUAUAUCAAAAUAAUGACAUUGUUAUCGAGGGUAUGAAGUUAAGCCUCAUCAUCAUCAUCAUCAUCAUCAUCAUUAUUUGUAUAGCGCUUUACAAAACACAGCCAUACGGCUGACCAAAGUGCUGAACAGUCACACAAUAAUAAAAAUAUAACACAUGAAACAAUAAAAUGCAACCAAAAAUACAAUAGAACAAGCCAAAAAUAAAAUAAGACUUACAAAUAAAACCAAUGGAAACAUGUCUUCCAAGUAUAGUAAAGUAAAGUAAUAAAGUCCAUCCAGCAGCUAACUGUUAUAUGCAAGGGUAAAAUAAUGUCUUUAAUCCAGACCUAAAAACCUGUAAGGAGGAUGCCUGUCGAACUGUGACUCGGAGUUCAUUCCACAGUUUAGGAACACCAACGGAAAAAGCUCUUUCUCCACAUGAUUUGUAAUGCACUUUCGGGACCUCGAGGAGCAACAAGCUGGAGGACCUAAGUGUGCGGCCAGGGGAAUAAACUGAGAGAAGGUCAGAUAAAUACGCAGGGGCAAGACCGUGGAGGGAUUUGAAAACAAAAA